UUCACCCAUAAAGCCAUAACUCCAUACAAAAAAAGACGAACGAGUGAAAUUUCCGGGUGAUUGUCGUGUGAUCAGAUCAUAUUGUAGAUUGUACCAUUGCUAAAGUUGGUACUUGCUGUUGCUACGAGUAGUUUACCAUCUUUCAUUCUUCGCGCUACUACUUUCCUCUUUCCUCUUUGUCCGCGGAAGAAUCCCUUCGUUCAUUCUUGAUCUGAUUGAAACAGAAUUUGGUUCAAUUGGGUUCUUCAUUUUCCCUAAUUGAUUGCUGUCAGCUUGAUAAUCAUAUAUUUGGUACUGUUUUCUGGGGAGAGAUUGAAUAUGGAGAAAGUGAAGAGUAUGUUGGGGGUGAAGCCAAACCCUCAGCAAUUGCUUAGAGAUUGGCAAAGGCGUCUUCGUCAAGAGGGUCGUAAUAUCGAGCGCCAAAUUCGAGAUAUUCAAAGGGAAGAGAAGAGUGUACAAAAGGCAAUUAGAGAUGCUGCCAAGAGAAAUGACAUGGGUUCUGCAAAGGCACUUGCUAAGGAAAUUGUGAGGUCAAGAAAAACUGUCAAUCGUCUUCAUGAGAAUAAAGCUCAACUUAAUUCAAUAUCAAUGCAUCUCGGAGAAAGUGUUGCCGUUGCUCGUACAGUGGGUCAUUUGCAAAAGAGUGCUGAGGUGAUGAAACUUGUCAAUAACCUCAUGAAAGCUCCACAAGUUGCUGUUACUAUGCAAGAGUUCAGCAAAGAGAUGACCAAGGCUGGUGUAAUUGAAGAGUUUGUCAACGAGGCUGUUGAUGAUGCGCUAGAUUCUGAAGACAUAGAAGAGGAAACAGAGGAAGAGGUUGACAAGAUCCUGACCGAGUUGGCCAGUGAGACUGCUGCACAGCUUCCUGUUGCAGCAAGGAAAGAAAAGAUCAAGGCACCUGCACAGAGCACGAGCAUACAGGAUGAGGAGCCAAUUGCUGAAGGUUUAGAUGACGAGGAAGAAAUGGAGGCGAUAAGGGCACGUUUAGCCAAAGUUAGAUCAUAAGUUACAAAUCUCGCCAAGAACAGGUACUCUAGGCAAGCUUGGAGUCAUGUAGAAUGAUAAGGUUGCAAGGACACCUUAGUUCUGUAUAACCUUCAUAUCCUGUAAUAUUAUUUCAGAUUACUUGAUUAUGGAACCUGAUUUUCCUCUCCGGCCCCUCACUAACAUAUACAUAAUGAAUGAUACAUGAGUUAAUAGGCUCUUCAAAUCGGUUCCGUCACAUUUGUCUGUGUUACCAAACUUUGUUGUAAAUAAUAUGGAACUCAGCUUUUGCAUAAUGGAUUCUGUCUUGUGGAUUUUCGGUUGUGUAAUGAGCUCUGAAAUCUUCCCUAUUCUCAGUUCUAAUGUAAAGGGCCUUCAGCAGUUCAGCUUGUGUAAGGCAUGAUGACUACUCCCAUGCCACUAAACUCUAAUUUUUAAUAUUCCAUAUUUGGUUGAACUUGUAAUGUU